AUGCGUGCAGCUUGUGCCAAGUUGCCGAACGAGGUUUUAGUUGCAGCGCUGGAGCUUGCGGGUGUGGUGCAAGAGGAAGACGAGGCCACAUAUCGGGCAGCAUACGACGAGGCGCAGCAAGCUGGCGUGGACCCUCGCCGACUUUCAGAGGCUGAGGAAAUCCUGAGCCGCCUCAGCCUGCCGCAGGCGCAGGCCGCCGGUGCUGCGCCGGAGCCUGACAGUUUCGACUUCCUCCAGAUGAGCACGGAAGGCGUCGCAUGCGAAGCGACCGAGGACAAGCCUGUCUUCCCACCCAUGCCGCCUUCCGCACCAGUCAUUGUCGCUGUAUCCGAGUCUGAAGCAAAGCGCAGAAAAGCAGAGCUGGGCGAUGCAGGAGAGGUCAAAGACGAAGCUGCUGCGGAGGGCGGCGUAGAAGCUCUGCGCAAAUGGUCGCUUCGGAUGAUUGAAGUCUCGCUUCUUCAAUGCCGGAAGCGCAAGGCGGUGGAGAUGGAAGACUUUGAUCUGGCUCACCGCUUGAAGCAGCGGGAGCCUGCCGCAACCUUGCGGCUUACAGCCGCUCGGCAAUCGUGCUUGGCUUGCAAGGAUGCGCCAGCCGCCAACGAAGAGGCCGACACAGAAGAGCGGAAGAGACUGAGGAACCAGGAAGAGGAGGAACUACAGACGGUCAAGCGUCAGAAACAGGAGGCCGUUGAGCUGGAGGACUAUGCUCGUGCAAGCGAACUGAGGAGACGGGAGCUGGAGCUGGAAAGACGAAAGCGGGGUGAUGACUCGCAGGCUGCAGCGGCAGCCUUGCAGAUGCUGGGAGACUCUCCCCCAGAGGUGCUGCUUCACCACUUUGAUCCCGGGGUGGCGGAGUGUGCCCAAGGCGCUGGGUCCGACGUUUGGGAGGCAGUGUCCGCCGACCUCCAGGCAGCUGCGGCUGUGUGA